CUUUUGGCAUUGGUAGCAUGAUUUAUUCUGGCUUGGAAUUCGGGCAAUAUUUCGAGCUGAAUCCAGACACUAAGUGCCACAAUGUGCUGUUGGCAUUGACACCAGCGACGCGAAUGGCUUUCAUUUUCAUACAAAUGUAUUUUAUAUUCCUGAAUAAUGAGCAAAUCAAGGUAUAUCGCUACAAGAUAAUCGCACGCUUCGGUCUCAUGCAUAUGAUUGGCACCAAUUUGGCCGUCUGGCUGAACGUGCUCAUACAGGAGACGAAACAUGAAAUUCUUACUUUCUACAAUCCCGAAAAUCGCACUCUACGCAUCUCACAUCGCAUUCCGGGUCAUUCGCGGGGACAUGCCGUCUCACCGACGGUCAUCGCAUCCGAUCCGACGGCACACUUACGCUUACCGCGGGGCCUCAAAGGACCCUACCAAAUAUUCGAGUGUCGCCGAACCAAUAUAAUUGGCACACUCGUACAGGACGCGUCACCGUUCCUUUUCCCCUGCACCAUAGAAUAUUCACUCAUUUGUGCCGCCAUUUUGUAUGUGAUGUGGCGCAGCAUUUCGCGUCCGCAAACACCAGCGCCACAGCGUCCGGACACCAUCAGUUCGCCGAUGAAGCGCUCUCCCCAUCACUAUUCGGUGGAUUGUGCGCGUGCCCACAAGGGUCUCUUCGUUGGCAUACUCAUACUCGUGCUGACCAUCAUUUCGCUCAUUCUCUUCUUCGUGUUGAUCUCGCGACCGGAUUUUGUCGCCCUGGCCGUCACCGAAGUGACCAUCUGUGAACUGCUCAUCUACGGCACGGCUACAAUAGCAACACUCAUUGGCAUGAUACAAAUACGACAUUU